AUGACAGACCACCACCACGAUCCCAUUGAUCGCAUACUGCACAUCUUGCAGUCAAAACAUGUCGAGACGAUCAAGAAUGUGCUAUUGGCCUACGCCGUCUAUUACUACUCGACGUCCGUCAUCGGAUUGAUGUUUAAAGUCGUCUUCUUCAGAGGCGACAUACGCAAGGCAUUCCGAUCUCUCCUCCAAUCACUCAUUCUCGGGGUACGUCGCUACGUACCAGGAAUAGACGCUCAAGUCCAGAAAGAAGUCGCCAAAUCAGUCGCUGGAAUGGAAAAAGGCAUCAUCAUUGGUGCCAGGGACAAGAAAUACACAAAGCUACCUGCUAAAGGAUUGGAUACUGCUUCCCUCAGAAUGGAAAUGCAAAAAUACCAGAAGCUGAGUCACGUCGACUUCAAGGACGGCAAAGUGUCUGGUGCUGUAUAUCAUGGUGGCGCUGAAUUAAAUGCGCUCUUGACGGAAGCAUACCACAUGAACAUUCUAUCCAACCCUCUACAUCCAGAAAUGUUUCCAGGUGUUCGUAAAAUGGAGUCUGAAGUAAUUCAGAUGGUCUUGUCAAUGUAUAAUGCCCCAGAAGAUGCUGGUGGAAACAUUACGUCAGGAGGUACCGAAUCCAUCUUGAUGGCGGUUAAGGCUGCCAGGGAUUUCAUGGAGGCCAAGAAGGGAAUUACCACUCCAAACAUGGUCGUACCUGAAACAGUCCACCCGGCAUUCGACAAGGCCGCCCAAUACUUCAAAAUCCAAAUGAUCAAAAUCCCUGUCGACCCUGUUACAUUCAAAGUCAACCUCAAAAAAGUACGAGCUGCCAUCAAUCGCAACACUGUACUUCUUGUUGGAUCAUGUCCCAAUUAUCCUCAUGGAAUUGUGGACGAUAUACCAGCAUUAUCGAAACUCGCUCUUCGAUAUCGUAUUCCUUUACAUGUCGAUGCAUGUCUUGGUGGAUUUAUUGUUCCGUUUGUGGAUAAAGCUGGGUUCCCAUAUCCAGAUGUAUUUGAUUUCAGAAAUGAAGGUGUUACGUCUAUUUCUUGUGAUACGCAUAAAUAUGGUUUUGCACCCAAAGGGUCUAGUGUAGUCAUGUUUAGGACCAAGGAGUUGAGGAAUUAUGAGUACUUCAUUACAACGGAAUGGCAAGGCGGAGUCUAUGCAUCUCCAACCAUGGCUGGGUCACGACCUGGUGCUCUCGUAGCUGCAUGUUGGGCUGCCAUGGUCCAUUUCGGUGAAUCAGGUUAUGUCGACUCGACUAGGAAGAUUGUUGGCAAGGUUCGAAAACUCAAAGCUGCCAUUCAUGGAAUUCCAGAACUGGAACUCAUUGGAGACCCAAUGAUGUCUGUCAUUGCAUUCAGAGGAAAAGACGAUUUCCCUAUAUUUGGGAUAAUCGAUCUAUUGUCUCGCAAAAACUGGCAUCUGACGCCUUUGCAACAGCCUUCUGGAAUUCAUCUGUCUACUACAUAUGUAACAGAUGAAGACCAGUUGAUUGCUGAUAUAAAAGAAGCUGUUGCUAUUGUCAAGAAGGAUCCCAAGUCGGCUAUGGGAGAGUCUGCUGCAAUAUAUGGAACAGUUGCCAGUAUUCCCGACAGAACAAUUAUAAGAGAUGUGGCUAAAGGAUUUUUGGACUUGCUGACCAAAAUAUAG